AUGAACAUGGACUGUGCUCCCGAGGCGGAAUGUCGAGAGACACCCAUGGGACCAAUGUGCCAAUGCAUGAGCGGGUUUGUCGACAUCUCUCGACAGCAUGGGCGACCUGCCGGUAGAAUAUGUCGAGCGGUCGUUAACGAAUGCGCUGAAGGGAAGCAUGACUGUUCACGCCAUGCUGCCUGCAUCGACACCGCUGACGGCUUCACCUGCCGAUGUCAUGACAAUUAUCGUGAUGAAAGCCCUUCGCCGUCAACUCAGCCAGGCAGGGUCUGUAUCAGAGCUUUUGUGCCAGAUCCACCAGAGUGUGAAGUAAGCGAUCCGAUGAGUUGCGAUCAGCGAAAAUCUGAGGCAGAGGGUUACACCUGCCAGUGUAGAUCAGGAUUCGCCGACGUUUCCCCACCGGGACAACCUGGUCGACAAUGCAAAGCGCGCGUCAACGAAUGCUCUAAUAAGGAAAAGUAUCGUGUUGAUUGUGAUGAGAACGCAAUCUGCGUCGAUACCGACGACUCGUUCACAUGCCAGUGCCGUCCAGGAUUCGCAGACAUCUCGGCCGCAUUCAACAAACUGCCGGGUCGACGCUGUAUCGAGGCAGUUAAUGAGUGCUCCAUCAAAGGUCUCAACGAUUGCUCCGAAUUCGCGCUUUGUGAAGACGCCAAGGAGGGCUAUGUCUGCUCAUGUCGUAACGGCUACGUUGAUGCGUCACCAAACGCAACGCACUAUCCGGGACGGGUUUGCCGCAAACCCAUCGAGAGAAGCCGCGAUGUGGCACAAAUGAAAUCUGCACCGAUCGAGGCCAACGAGGCCAUCACUCCUGUCAAUGUGCGGACAAUGCAUUCCGCUACGAAGAUGGAACCUGUCGAGUGUUCUCGGCCUGCUCACGAAACACCGAUCGACUCGUACAGUUGCCAAUGUCGUCCGGGCUACAUCGACAUGUCCCCGGAUCCCGAACGACGACCAGGAAGACGUUGCAAAGAGCUGGUGAACGAAUGUGCCACUUCUAACAACGAGUGCUCGCCUUAUGCCAAAUGUAUCGAUCUCACUGAAGGCUAUACCUGCCAGUGUCUCGAGGGCUACGUGGACGUUUCCUCCAAGCACAAGCUUCCUCCCGGUCGGAGAUGUUCUCAAUCGAACAACGAAUGCGCUUUCAAGCAUCUCAACACUUGCGACGAGAACGCUGAUUGCGUUGACACCCAGGAUGGUUACACCUGCCAGUGCUUUGCCGGUUUCGUUGACGUUUCGUCUAAUGCUAAUCUACCUCCUGGACGAGUCUGCACAGUACAGACGACUUGUCCGAAACAGAAAACCGAUUUGGUGUUCCUCAUCGAUGGAUCCGGAUCUAUUGGAUCCUAUGUGUUCAAAAAUGAAGUGCUUCGAUUUGUCCGAGAAUUCGUUGAACUUUUCGAAAUCGGUUUGGAUCAGACUAGAGUCGCACUGAUCCAGUACUCGGAUCAGAUCCGUCAUGAAUUCGAUUUGGAUCAGUACACUGACAAGGCUGCCGUUCUUCGAGCAAUCACUGAUACUCAGUACCUUACUGGACUGACUCGCACUGGUGCCGCAAUUCAACAUAUGGUUCAGGAAGGGUUCAGUGAGAGACGAGGUGCCCGACCUCAAACUCCUGACAUCGCCAGGGUAGCGAUUGUUCUCACUGACGGUCGUUCUCAAGACAAUGUGACUGGACCUGCUGAGUCGGCUAGGAAGUUGAACAUCAACACGUUCUCCAUCGGUGUCACCGAUCACGUACUGGCCAGUGAGCUUGAAGCCAUUGCGGGAUCACCUACUCGAUGGUUCUACGUCGACAAGUUCAAGGACCUGGAUACACGUCUUCGUUCGAUGAUUCAAAAGGCAGCAUGCCCCACCCCGGUGAAAACCGCGUCUCCACCUCAGGGCACGUGCAACCCCCGAACGCAGACCGGAUGUGAUCGUUCACUCAACGAGUACUGCGCUGAGGAGAAUGGACGAAGUCGUUGCAUAUGCCCAGCCGGCUUCCAUCGUCAUCCGACCACUCGGGUCUGUGGAGGAUCGCUGUGCAAUCCGCAACUAAUCACGUCAUGUUCAUGCCUUCCAAGUGUACCAAAUUCUUGUGAUAUCCGAAAACGGGAAAAAUGCCUCCCACAUGGCUCAUUCUACACGUGCCAGUGCGAGGGGAAAGAUAGAAGACAUCCUGUCACAGGAAUCUGCCGUUCAUGCCUUCCAAAUGUACCAAAUUCUUGUGAUAUCCGAAAACGGGAAAAAUGUCUCCCACAUGGCUCAUUCUACACGUGCCAGUGCGAAGGGAAAGAUAGAAGACAUCCUGUCACAGGAAUCUGCCUGAAAAACGAGUGCGAGCUGGGAUUGCAUGACUGCGAUCGUUCUGCUCGUUGCAUCGAUACCGACGACGGCUUUCUUUGCGCCUGCCCAGCAGGAUUCAUCGACCGGUCACCGGAUCCGAUUUCCAAACCGGGACGGCUAUGUGUUGCUGAACAAAAUGAAUGUCUCGACGGUACCAACAAAUGCUCCCCUAACGCCAUCUGUACUGAUACAGAAUCGGGCUACGUCUGCCGCUGCAAACCAGGAUUCGUCGAUUAUUCACCUAAUGCUCAAAGCUUCCCUGGCCUUGUGUGCAAGGAGUUAGUAAAUGAGUGCUCGUCAAAACGCUUGAAUGACUGUGACGAGAACGCUAUCUGCGUUGACACCGUCGAGGCGUACACAUGCAUCUGUCGGCCCGGAUUUGUCGAUAUGGACGAGUUCAGAAAUCCGGGACGGCGCUGUCGUAAAGAAAAGACCAACGAUCGUUGCUCCGUCGGCAAGAACGACUGCGAUCGGAACGCUCGCUGCACACAAAUAGGCGACGAUGAUUACACCUGCUCCUGUCCUGCGGGCUUCAAAGACAAGUCUCCGUCGCCAUCCCGUCCGGGGCGAGUGUGUAUUCCUGUUAUUCCGGAGUGUGACAACCCGACACUGAAUGACUGCGACUCACCGGACAGGGCCAUUUGCACCGAUACCGAUGACGGCUACAUGUGCAGGUGUCGUCAAGGUUUCCUCGACAUUUCGCCGAAUAUCGCUUCGAAGCCAGGAAGACUCUGCAAGCCCUUGCAGAACGAGUGUGCCUUGGGAACAGACGACUGCGCUCGUGACGGUGGCAUCUGUGAGGAUACACCGGACUCGUUCCUCUGUCGCUGUGCUAUUAACUACCUGGACGUUUCAUUCGACAGAGUGAACAGACCGGGAAGGAAGUGUAAACGACUUGUGGAUGAAUGCGCAACAGGACAGAACGACUGUUCGAGGGAAGCGAUAUGUACUGAUACAGAGGAUAGCUACAUGUGCGCUUGCCCUCCCACUCAUAUCGACCUCUCAGCGGAUCCCAUUAAUCGCCCAGGGCGGAAAUGUCUGCUUCGAAUCAACGAGUGCACUUCCGGACGUCAUGACUGCUCCCCAAAUGCCGACUGCAUGGACACCCCAGAGUCCUACAAGUGUCGAUGUCGCGAUGAUUUCGUCGAUGAAUCGCCGGACGUCGUGCAUCGGCCUGGACGAAUCUGUCGCCCAGCGCUCGUCGAUGAAUGUCGGUUGGGCAAGCAUGACUGUCACAGUGACGCUUUCUGCCAGGACUUGCCUCAGGGCUAUACAUGCAGGUGUAAACCUGAAUUUUUGGACCAGUCUCCCAAUCGAGCCACCCAUCCAGGUCGAAUGUGCGUGCCACGCCCAACUCCACCACCGCCUGAGUGUCGGAUUGAUGGUCCUAAUCAGUGUAAGGCACAUUUGAACGAAGUGUGCCGCUUGGUAAACGGGGAACCAAAAUGUGCCUGCCCCAUCAACUACCAAAGGGACUCAUCCGGCUCAUGUUCAGUGAUUAAUGAGUGCGACUUCCCUCAACUAGUAGACUGUCACCCUUCCGCUGAUUGCAUCGAUCAACUGGUCGGAUUCACCUGCGCCUGUCGGCCAGGGUUCAAGGAUAUCGGAGAAAAACCCGGCCGUAUGUGCAAACCAUUGGUGAACGAGUGUCAAUUCCCUCACCUGAACGAUUGCCACCAGCAUGCCCAAUGUAUCGACCUGGAGGAAGGAUACGAGUGCAAAUGUAAUCAUGGCUUCAUGGAUCGCUCUCAUGGACGACCGGGCCGAAUUUGCAAGCAGCUCAUUGACGAGUGUUCUGUACCCGGCAUGAAUAGCUGCGACAGAAAUGCCAGAUGUAUCGACGAAGAGGAGGGUUAUCGUUGCGAAUGUCGUGAAGGAUUCCUGGAUGUGUCGCCUUCACCACAGUUCAAGGGAAGGAGCUGUAGGCGAUUGGUGAACGAAUGCCGCGAUCCAAAACUGAACGACUGUGACCGGAACGCAAAGUGCCGAGACACCAUGGACUCGUACGAAUGCGAGUGUCCGCCCAAUUCCAAAGAUAUUUCACCAAGUCCCGCUUUCCCUGGUCGCGUCUGCCUGCUCUUUGAGAACGAAUGCGAGACUGGCAAGCACGACUGCGAUCCGUCGGCCAUUUGCCACGACAACGAGCAGUCGUUCUCCUGCGAAUGUCCUGCCGGCUUCGUUGACAGAUCUCCCAAUAAAAUGCAUCGCCCAGGACGAGUUUGUGUUAAACUGGUGGACGAGUGCUCAACCGGACGGCAUACCUGUAGUGCUCAAGCAGAUUGUCGUGAUCUGGAAGAAGGGUACACAUGUGAGUGUCGUGAGGGAUACGUUGAUCGCUCACCCAAUCUGGCCAGUCAACCGGGACGAGUUUGCAGUGCUCCAGAAGUAUGUCCUCCGAACCAUGACUGUAGCUCAGCAGCCGUCUGUGAGCCACUGGGUGGUAACAAGUACCAGUGCUCCUGCAUUCAGGGCUACGUUGAUCAAUCCCCGAAUGGGCAAAAGGGACGAAUCUGCGUGAGAAAAGUAUGUCCACCGAACCAUGACUGUAGCUCAGCAGCCGUCUGUGAGCCACUGGGUGGUAACAAGUACCAGUGCUCCUGCAUUCAGGGCUACGUUGAUCAAUCCCCGAAUGGGCAAAAGGGACGAAUCUGCGUGAGAAACAACGCAUGCCGUGAUCCCAAGCUGAAUACGUGUUCCCGAAAUGCCAUAUGCUAUGAUGAAGCCAGGGGAUAUCGUUGUGAAUGCGUUCGAGGGUACAUUGACCGAUCGCCCGAUCCAGCUUUACGUGGACGAGUCUGUGAACCGCCGCCGCCACCAACGCCUCCACCUCGCCAUCCAUGCCAAGAUCCGAACCUCAACGAUUGCCAUGCAGCUGGUUCUUGCAGAGCGACUGGAGCGCAGUCGUAUACUUGCGAAUGCCUUCAAGGAUACGUUGAUAAAUCGCCCGACCCGAAGAAACCAGGACGCCUUUGCAUACUCACGGAGCCUGUAUGCCUCGAUAAAAGCCAGAACGACUGCCAUACUGCCGCUAUAUGUAGUGAGGUGUCGGGUCCCGAGAAGUACACCUGCCAGUGUCGUGACGGAUACAUCGACCAGUCACCAAACCGAAAUACUCGACCAGGCAGAAUCUGCGUGGAAAUGGUAAAUGAAUGUCUGGACCGAUCUCUAAACGAUUGCCAUCCGCUAGCGAUUUGUGAAGACAAGAGGGAGGGCUACACAUGCCGUUGCCCGGUGAACACCAUUGACAAGUCGCCAGACCGCAACCGCCCUGGCCGUCUCUGCACCAAGCAGAUCAACGAGUGCAGGAAUCCAUCGCUCAACACGUGCUCUCGGUUUGCGGAAUGUAUCGACAAAGAGAACGGAUAUGAGUGCCGAUGCAGGCAGGGAUAUUUCGACAAUGAUCCUGCCCAUCCAGGAACUCAGUGCUCAUACAUCAUCAACGAAUGUGAUUCGCCGAACCUCAACGAUUGUGAUCGCAACGCCAUGUGUAUUGAUAGAGAAGGAGGCUAUGAUUGCAAAUGCAAACCACCAUAUAGGGACGAAAGUCCUCCUGGUCAACCUGGUCGAGUAUGUCGUCUGAAUGAAUGUCUCGACAGCAAUUUGAACAACUGUGAUCGUAACGCUGAAUGCCAGGACAUGGACGAUGGCUACAUUUGCAGCUGCCGCGAAGGGUACUACGAUCAGUCACCGAAUCCCCAGGAACCAGGAAGGGUUUGCCUCGAGUUCCAGGUUGACCACAAAGUUGAGCAGAUUACGCAAAGGCCAGUGCAAACGCAUCCUCUCAAUGAUGGUCUCCCUUGCGGUCGCGAGUUUUGUAAGGUCGCCAUGGGAGAAGUGUGUAUCAGCGGAUCUUACUGCGGAUGUCGUCCAGGCGAGAGCAGAUCUGUAGCCACUGGACGAUGUGAACGAGUAGAGGAAACACCGAUGCAGAUCCGAGUUGUCAGUCGCGAUUCUCGUCCUCUGCUUUACUCCAGCGAAUACGGAUCCACAAAAAGCCCACCGUAUGUGGAAAUAACGGAUAUGUUCCAGAAAGACAUGGCUAGAACUUUCGGUGGAACAAUAUAUGCUCCUCGAUACGUCAACACAAAAGUCGAUUACAUUACUCAUCCAAAGACUGUCAACAGCUCUUGGCCAGAUGGCCUUCUGUUCAAGUACGAUGUGCAGACAACGCCAUCAAAGCAACAACCGGUUGACAAAUGUGAGCUGUGGAAGCAAAUGAUGGCAUCGUUACAGCGCACCAACGGACUCAUUGGUGGUCAUUCACUGCGGAUCGCUGACGACAGUGAGUUACUCAAUCCAUGUCGAAAGGAAGAGCCGCUAGGCGAGUGCGGAGGAAAAGACUGCAACCUUCAGCUUGGCGAGAUCUGUAUAGCUGGCUCAGUCUGUGGUUGUCCAGUUGGAAUGCGGCGUGCCCGCCCAACGGACGUCUGUCGUGCCGUCGAAUCGUGGAACGUCCCACUUCUAGUCAUACGCAAGGAACACAACAAUCUCAUCUAUAAUGACUCGUUUGCGAAUCCCAUGGAUUCCAUUUACAAGUCGUAUGUUCGGGAUUACGAGCGUGGAAUCGGUGGCUGCUACCCUCACACGAGCCUUCGCAACGCAUUUGUCGCUGCUGAUGUGAAUGAAAUCAUUAACCCUCGGAUGAUGAAUGCCAGCUGGGAAAGUGGACUGCUUUUCAACACUACGGUCCACUUCAGAAAAGGUGCUGUUCGUAUACCAUCAGAUGUGUAUUAUGACUUGGUCCGCUACAUAAUUGAACGAAACGGUUACGAAGUUGGUGACAGUGGAUUGUACCUGAACGAGUACCAGCCAAAUCCCUACAAGGCUUGCUUCAAGAAUGAUUGUCACCCCAAGGGAAUCUGCUAUGAUGAGACGGAACGAACUUAUCGAUGCGAAUGUGGUGCCGGAUUCCGAGAUCUCGAUCCCUCAGAUCCUGGGAAGAAAUGUGUCCCCAUUUACGGAUUCAACGAAUGCGAGAAAAAGGAGGACAACGAGUGCUCGGAAAAUGCUCGUUGCAUUGAUCUCGAACACCUGUAUAAGUGCGAAUGUCUGCCGUCUUAUUCGGACGCUGCUCCACCGGGAGCUGUCCCAGGAUCCGUCUGUGUUCUCGAUUACUGUAGUGAUGUGAACUUCUGCCCUACGAAUACCACUUGCAAGAAUAUGGAGCAGCAGGCUGAGUGCCGAUGUGACCCAGGAUUCACUGAUAUCAGGAAAAGCGAGCACCGUCGCGAACUUGGACUUGGCGACGAUACUCUAUGCAUGCAUAUAAGGGAUGUCAACGAAUGUGCUCUGGGACUCACCAACUGCUCGGGAGUGGCUGAAUGCAUUGACCGACCCAUCGGAUACACCUGCAGAUGCCCUGAGGGUUACAUCGAUGGAAGCCCAGAAGAGCCCGGUCGGAUCUGCGGAGCACUGCUCUGCGACUUGUGCAAUUCCCAUGGCGACUGCGUCCACAAUGCUCAAACAAACAACAUCACAUGUGUCUGCAGUGAAGGCUGGAGUGGCGAAUUCUGCCAAGUCGCUCCCUCCAAUGCAUCACUCGUACUGCUGAUUCUGCUUGCCCUACUAUUCCUCCUACUCACCCUUUGUUGUCUUCUGUACUUCUGCACCAAGUGUCACUGCUUCGGAGCCAGGGGUAUGGCAGGUGGAGCACCAUUUGUAUAUCGACGUGGUGGGGCGUGGCCAUGGUCUACACUUGAAGGUUCAUCGUCUUCUGAAAGCGGAGCCGAAUUCUCAGCGCUCAGUGCCGCUGGUCACGACUACUACCCAGAUAUUGGAAUUCCUCGAGCGAAACUGAAGGCUGGUGCUGUUGCAGCAGACGCCGGCGCGAAGGCAAUGGACGUUGCGAGAUUGGAGCAGUACCUCACCGAAGGAGCCGUUCGCAUUCCUCGUGCUCAUCUGGUUGGAAGUAAUGGCCGUCUCAAUGAGUCGGUCGAUAGCAUGUCCAGUGCUUCUAGUGAAUACACCAUCAAGGAGGAGGUUGAACGAAAGGUAAUUACCGAUGUGACAACAAAGGAAAUCAAGACCACAACGACUACUGAUAGUGCCGGCAACGUUGUGACAACGACGGCUGAAACGUAUGCCUACCCUCAGCACACUGUAUCCCACGGAGAGAGUUCUGCUGAGCGGAAAUAUCGUCAUUCUGCCGCUGAAGAACGUGAGCGAGGAGAAAGCGUAGCCGAGUUCUCUAUCGGACAAGCAAAGUCGAAAGACUAUUUAAGUAGGGAACGCGAUCUCAUUGAGUACUCUUCGGUGGUGACCAGCCAGAAAUCUACAUCGGUGACGAAGCACUGA